AUAAUAAGUCUUUCAUUGCAUCACUAGGAAGCUAAAGUGAGUGCCUAUGCCCCAAUAGAUAUAAUAUAGGCCUAAAUAUUGUCGAAUAUGUGUGACAUUGUGCCUUUAAGCUGCUCGGCCACCAUCAGCACCAUGUUAUUGCACUGUCAGUUGCACCAAGAAAUUGUGGAUGAUGUCAACCGUGAUACAUAUACCUAAUAUGUUCCUGUUUUUAUUACAGAUUUGCUGUGGUCCUCCUGUGUCUCGUCCUCAGUGUUCUAGCUUCCAUCAAAGACUUUGAAACCAUUCUCAGUCCCAUCUGUGAAUAUAUGGAAGUGGUGUUGCUGGUGUGGAUCGCCAUGGAGUUCUGUCUACGUCUGUGGUCCUCUGGGUGUCGGUCGCGGUACCAAGGAUGUAUGGGUAGACUAAAGUUCAUGAGAAGGCCUCUCUGCUUAAUAGAUGUGAUUCUGCUGCUGGCCAGCCUGGUGUCUCUGAUUGUUGGCAGCACCCAGGAGAUGUUUGCUACUUCCUCUCUGCGAGGUUUUCGGUUCUUCCAGAUCUUGCGUCUUGUCCGGAUGGACAGACGUGGAGGCACAUGGAAACUGCUUGGGUCUGUAGUAUGGGCUCACAGACAGGAGCUGUUGACCACUUUGUAUAUUGGCGUCCUUGGCCUCAUCUUCUCCUCUUUCUUUGUGUACCUGGCGGAGAAGGAUGCUUACAAAGGAUUACUUGGGAAGGAAGGAAAUGAGAAGCGCUUCUCCAGCUUUGCUGAUGCCUUGUGGUGGGGAGUGGUGACGCUGUGUACAGUUGGCUAUGGUGACGUGGUGCCAACAACGUGGGGAGGAAAGUUGAUAGCUUCCUUUUCUGCCAUUCUGGGAAUAUCAUUCUUUGCGUUGCCAGCUGGUAUUUUGGGUUCAGGGUUUGCCUUGAAAGUGCAGCAACAGCAACGACAGAAACACCUGAACCGUCGCCGUGUACCCGCUGCUCAACUCAUACAGUGCCUGUGGCGGUGUUAUGCUGCAGAUGAAAACUCCAUGUCCCUUGCCACAUGGAAGCCCCACAUGGUGCCAUGCCCUAGUCCAACUUUAGAGAGGCCCUGGAAGAACAAUGCUUCAUUUGUGAGUAGAUUCUCAACACGGCGCAGAGAAAGGUCUGGUACAAACUCAACAUCCCGAGAAAACAGCAGCGGGGACAGAGGUGGGAUUCAGUCCCCAAUGACCCCCCGACAGAACAGCAAGAAGAUGCAUCACUCCAACACAGAGGAGGAUGUACCAGAUGCUCUCAACAGUCUCGUAAAUCGCACAUGGAGUCAUCUAAGCUUAGCCACGGGCAUAGCAGAGCAACGCACUCUGGAUCAUCUGCCUGUCAAGAAGGAGAACUCUAUCUCAUCUAUAUGUAAAGAUUCAGAGGAAGAACAAGAUCUGUCCCCACGUGUCCAGCAGCUGACAGAUGUACACAAGAGAGCCAUACGGUCCAUACGCAAGAUGAAAUAUUAUGUUGCUCGCAGGAAAUUCCGAGAGGCUUUGAGACCGUAUGAUGUGAAGGAUGUCAUUGAACAGUACUCUGCUGGGCACAUCGAUAUGCUGGGUAGAAUAAAAAACCUGCAAGCAAGACUUGACCAGAUCCUUGGCAAAGCAGGCAGUAAAAACAAGGAUGUGUAUGAAUCCAAGCAGAGCCUUGCUUCUCGAGUGGUGAAAGUUGAAAGAUCAACUGAGGAUAUAGAAGCCAAACUGGACCUUCUUGUGGACAUGUACAAAGAGGAUCGCCGAAUUCUUUUGCAGUAUUUACAAACACAGAUGUCCAAUCAGACACAGCCAACACCUGCCAAUCAAACUAAGCCUAGACCCAUAUUGGUGGAGAAACAAUUCACGAGUGAACCUGCCACGCCUACAAGUCUCAGUCAUAAUCCUGUGAAACCUAUGCAGCGGAAUCUUUCAGAUUUAAGCCAAAGAAUAAAGAAACGUGUCACGUAUCGUUGUCUGUCUUUAAAUGACCCCCCUCCGAGAUUAAAAAAUUGCACCAAAAAUGUCAUGACACCAUUUGCAGCAUCAGAAAACGUGAUGCCCAGUCAAACUCCACCUGCACAGAGUGGCUUGGUGAUCGACUGUAAGGGAGAUAACUCUUGUACAAAGGGAGAUAACUAUGGUGAUGAUGAAGAUGAUUCUGAUGAACAGGAAGAGGAAUUCUUUGAAAAAGAGGAUAGUCCCAAUGGGAAAGAGGACACAACUCCCUUGGAAACAGAUCCUUUACUUGGUGAAAGUGGGGAUUUAAAGGAUAAUGUGUCGGAGACAAUUCCCAUGACCAACCUGUCAGAACCUCUAGGAUUAAAGUCUGGUUCUAAUUCCACAUUCAGUUCAGACAUUGAUGCUGUGUUUUCCUCACCAGACGAUGACAACAUGUCACGAAACUUUGAUGGAAGGUCUUCUGUGAAUGAAGGAUAUGUUAGCACCGAAAUUAAUGAGAACACCCUGGACUUUCAUAUACAGUGUGAAACGUCCCCAUCCAAAUACAACCAUUGCUGAGGAUAUGUCACUGUGAUUCUCUGUACAGGAUAUGUUCACAGGAUAUCAAGAUAUUUCGCCAUCAUAUAUGCCUUGUGGAUGCAGCCACUGUUUGCUAAUUCAGCAUUUUCAUGGAGCUUCGUCUAUAUAAACAGUGUACCUCAACUAGCUGUUGUCGUACACUUCGCAACAGAUAAUGUGAAAAUGGGGAUGACCAAGAAUGGAAAUAAAGUUCCUCAAGGGACUGUCUAUUUGAAGGAAGUAAUAUGUAAAACAUUAUAUGACCCAUGCAUCUUUUUGCAAAACUUUCAGUUGAAGUAAUUCUAAGCAGAAAAUGGACAUUGUUUUAUUCAUGACAUGUUGCGUCACCUUUAAUCUGGUUUUAAGAAUAAAACACUCAUCAGUUGUUACCAAACUUAUCAAAUAAAGUCACAGAAUGGAUUUAAACCUAAGUUACCAACCAAAUUUAGUAACUUUCACUUUCCAUUUGUCGUUGUGUCGUGUGACUAUAAUUGUGAGUGGUUCCUUCUUCAUGGGUUUAAGACAUUUGUCAGAAAAUAUUGACUUACAUGAUCAACAAACCAAAAGGAGCUCUAUUUUGAAAAUCUUAAAUGGUUACCAUGGCAACCAUAUUAAAACAUUCAUUUUCAUUCUCAGAAUUGUACUUUGUUUACAACUAACGAUAUUUCUUUUAUGAUGUGUCCUAUUUUUAGUAUGCUAGUCAUGAGAAAUUGACAGUAAAAGAGGUUUGUGUAGUCCAGUGAGACCUUCCUAGUCUAGCCAGGACCUGUUAGUGCUAACACUGUUAGGCAGUUAGUGAUGACACUGUUAUCUUGGACACUGUUAUUCCUGAUAGUGAUGGUCAGCAGGGAAUGCCACCUUCUGAGUCCCAGUCUACAAAGCGUUCAUGACGUUAUGACUUGUCGGAACUCUAUAGUUUGUCAUAGGUUUACGAUUGUCGUAGCGCUACGAACGCUCUGUGGAUAGGUUUCUACUGGAUUUGAAUAAAGUAAUGCUCUUAUAAAUUCAUGCUAAUGCUUCAUAUACAAUGGAUAUAAAUCUAGCUGGAAAUGACAGGCAUGACAAAUGUAAGGUAAUGUACACAAUAACUUGUAUAACAAUAAGUUGUAUACUCCCCAGGGAGUUGAGAUUGCUAA